AAAACUGAAAAUGAGCAUCUUUACAGUGAUGGCGAGUGAUGAGCUAAAACUUAGAAUUACCAACCAAAGAUAUCUUCUUUCCUUAACAUGUUGUUGUUAAUAAAAUGAUUUUUAUUUCUCUGUCAUUUUCUGAUUUUUUGAAUGUGGCCAUUAUGAAAAAGCUAAUGGCUUCUCUCUAAAGGUUAAUAAAUAGAUGCCCAUAUUUUCAUAAUUCAACCCGUUCUCCAGAUUUUCCGCCGAUGAAAUACGUUUGAAAUCUGGGUUUGAAUCUAUAGAGACUGUAGAGAAGAACAGAGUAAAAAUGGUGUUCAUUACUGAAGAUAUCAUCAAGCAAUUUCAAACUAUGAUGGAAAAAACUGAUGAACCAUUGAAGAAGACUUUUGAGAGUAUACAUCAAGAGUACCCCAAAGAGACUUUGGUGAGAUUUCUCAAAGCAAGGGAUGGGAAUGUCUCCAAUGCAUAUAAAAUGCUCACUGAUUGCUUGAACUGGAGGAUACAAAAUGAAAUUGAUAACAUAUUGGCUAAGCCAAUUAUCCCUGAUGAGUUGUAUAGAGGAAUACGUGAUUCCCAGCUCGUAGGAAUGUCUGGAUACUCUAAAGAGGGUCUUCCUGUCAUUGCCGUCGGUGUAGGGCUCAGCACGUUCGACAAAGCAUCUAUUCACUACUAUUCGAUGACUGGGUCGAUUUUCAAAACAUUGAAUUGGCACCUAACUUCUGGAAUGGGGUGA